CGCUUAGUCUUUCAUGGGUUUCCGCUGACUGAUGAUAACACCGCAAUGGCGUGGACGACAGUCCAUCCACGCUAUAGACAGAACUAUAUUCUCCACCAAAUUACUGACUAACGCGUAAGAAAUCAGGUUCACAUGGAUCGGAGUGAACGUAAGAGAAAAUUGGAUUCAGAGGAGCUAGAAUGCUGUGAUAGCCCAGAAACAACAAGGCUGACAAAUCCACACAGCUUAUUCCCAGGAAUAGAGGACAGCUUAUUACCAGGAAUAGAGGACAGCUUAUUACAAGGGAUUCCCUCACAAGAAAGAAAGCGUCAAUGCAUGUCAGAGCUAGACAGCUCAAUAAUUCUGCAAUACCCUUUACCUGCCACCUCAUAUUGCGCCGGUAUCCCUGGAUCUAGUAGUGCAGCAGAUGACAUUGACAAGUCACUAGAGAAGCCAUUAUCUCAGCAAAACCCACAGAUUAGACAUGAGACAAAAUAUCAAGUUCCAUCUCAAGUACAAAUAAAAACUGGUGAUGAGAAGGAAGCAUAUGAGAAGAGGUUUGACGAUGCAAUGGACUCACUGUUGGGCAAUAUAACAAGUUCAUGUAGUACUCUGGGGAUCCCUGUGUCACCCAAUGACUCCACCUGUAGACAAUCCACAGAUACAUCCAUCAGUAUAACUACUUCAAGCCAAGCUCAGGAUGAUAUUACUAUUGUGGCUGAGGUUCAAGCAACUCAACCUGAAGUUAUAGAUCUUGUGUCUACACCAACGAUAAGAAGAGGGUCGUCAUUUGUGGUAGAUCUGACAUCAGAACCAUCUUCCCCUGACAGGGAUGUGGUGGACUUGACCAGAGAAUCUGUUUCUGACACACCUGUUAUAGUGUGUGUCAGUAGAAUAUUCCAGAGAGCACCAAGCUUGACAUGGCAGCGCCCAUCCUGUAUGUUUGCAUCGUAUUCUGGCGAGGUGUCCCCCACCCAGUUAUCAGAUGAUGAUGUACAGGAUGUCACAAAUGACCAAGCCAGUAAUGCUCCAUCGAGAAGUAGAGACACUAGUGCCGACGACAAAAACGCUAGAAAAACUAUCACAUGCCCAAUAUGUAUGGACGAUGAUGAGGCAAUAAAGAAAAGAAAACGUCAGCUUACCUCGACUGUUUGUGGACAUGUGUUUUGCGACAAAUGUAUCAAGAAUGCUGUUAAGAUACAGAAAAAGUGCCCAACUUGUAGAAAGGAUCUAACACUUAGACAGCUACACCCAAUCUUCCUUUGAACUAAUACCUGCAGCAUGUCUUGUAAGAUUGUUAAACAUGCAGCAUGUCUUGUAAGAUUGUUAAACAUGCAGCAUGUCUUGUAAGAUUGUUGAACAUGCAGCAUGUCUUGUAAGAUUGUUAAACAUGCAGCAUGUCUUGUAAGAUUGUUAAACAUGCAGCAUGUCUUGUAAGAUUGUUAAACAUGCAGCAUGUCUUGUAAGAUUGUUAAACAUGCAGCAUGUCUUGUAAGAUUGUUAAACAUGCAGCAGGUCUUGUAAGAUUGUUAAACAUGCAGCAUGUCUUGUAAGAUUGUUAAACAUGCAGCAUGUCUUGUUUGAUCAUUAUAAUCACUACUACCAGUCAUAAAAGUUGCAUAGCUUAUUCAUAGGCUAAUCCAUGUAAAUUUUAAACUUAAAAACUAAAAUUUAAAUCUUUAUAUACUAAAUACCUAAUUGAUAGGAUGCAUAGCUAAUUAGGCUAUUUCAUCCCAUUCAGUUAUACACUGGAAUGACAUGGCUGUAGCAGGGGUGUCCCCCCCUUCAUAUUUUCUUAAUGUUCUUCAUCGCCGUACCGCACCUCCCCAAAUAUGUUCUUAAUGUUCUUUAUUGCCGUAAUCCAACCCCCCUAUAAUUUCUUAAUGUUCUUUAUCACCGUACCCCACCUCCCCCAGUAUUUUCUUAAUCGUCUUUAUCGCCGCACCCCACCUCCCCCAGUAUUUUCUUAAUCGUCUUUAUCGCCGUACCCCACCUCCCCCAGUAUUUUCUUAAUCUUCUUCAUCACCAUACCCCACCUCCCCCAAUGUUUUUUUUAUGGCCUUUAUCGCCGUAACCCACCUCUCCCAGUAUUUUCUUAAUCUUCUUUUUCGCUGUACCCAACCUCCCCCAAUAUUUUCUUAAUGUUCUUUAUCGCCGUACCCCACCUCCCCCAGUAUUUUCUUAAUCUUCUUUAUUGCCGCACCCCACCUCCCCCAAUAUUUUCUUAAUGUUCUUUAUCGCCGUACCCCACCUCCCCAGUAUUUUCUUAAUCUACUUCAUCACCGUACCCCACCUCCCUCAAUGUUUUUUUUAUGGCCUUUAUCGCCGUAACCCACCUCUCCCAGUAUUUUCUUAAUCUUCUUUUUCGCUGUACCCAACCUCCCCCAAUAUUUUCUUAAUGUUCUUUAUCGCCGUACCCCACCUCCCCCAGUAUUUUCUUAAUCUUCUUUAUUGCCGCACCCCACCUCCCCCAAUAUUUUCUUAAUGUUCUUUAUUGCCGUACCCCACCUCCCCAGUAUUUUCUUAAUCUACUUCAUCACCGUACCCCACCUCCCUCAAUGUUUUCUUAAUGUCCUUUAUCGCCGUACUCCACUUCCCCCAGUAUUUUCUUAAUCUUCUUUAUCGCCGUACCCCACCUCCCCCAAUAUUUUCUUAAUGUUCUUUAUCGCUGUACCCCACCUCCCCCAGUAUCGCCUUACCCCACCACCCCCAAUAUUUCUUAUGGUUCUUCAUCGCUGUACCCCACCUUCCCCAAUAUUUUCUUAAUGUUCUUCAUCACCGUACCCCACCUCCCCCAAUAUUUUCUUAAUGUUCUUCAUCGCCGUACCCCACCUCCCCCAGUAUUUCAAGGCCUGUUACAAAUCUGAAUUAAUUCAUUUCUUGUUGUUUUGAAAUAAAUAAUCAUGUAGAUGC